UUCGUGUGCUGGAGUCAGAGCGCGCUGCGGGGCAUUACUGCACCGCCACGGAGGACGCACCAUCACUGAACCAGGAAUAGGGAAAAGGAAAAAGGCGUGAAUUAGCGCAGAGGGGGAUAACAGGGCGUCCCCUAUUUGAAAACCACCCGAAUCUGUGGAAACAAAAAUUAUUGCAGAAUAAAUACACGAACGAAGCGGAAAUCUCAAGCGACGUUUUUGGCCAGCACGGCGGGGGAAAAAUGAAGGAUCGUACGCAGGAACUACGAAGUGCUAAGGACAGUGACGAUGAUGAGGAAGUCGUUCAUGUCGACCGAGACCACUUUAUGGAUGAAUUUUUUGAACAGGUGGAAGAGAUCCGUGGAUGUAUUGAAAAGCUGUCAGAGGAUGUAGAACAGGUCAAGAAGCAGCACAGUGCCAUUCUAGCAGCACCCAACCCUGAUGAAAAGACCAAGCAGGAGUUGGAGGACCUCACAGCUGACAUUAAGAAGACAGCCAAUAAAGUGCGCUCUAAAUUAAAAGCAAUCGAACAAAGUAUCGAGCAGGAGGAGGGCUUGAACAGAUCGUCUGCAGAUUUGCGAAUCCGCAAGACGCAGCAUUCCACGCUGUCACGCAAGUUUGUGGAAGUGAUGACAGAGUACAACACCACGCAGUCCAAAUACAGGGACCGCUGCAAGGAUCGCAUUCAGAGACAACUGGAAAUUACUGGCAGAACAACUACCAACGAGGAACUGGAAGACAUGUUGGAGAGUGGGAAGCUUGCCAUCUUCACUGACGAUAUCAAAAUGGACUCCCAGAUGACCAAGCAGGCUCUAAACGAGAUUGAAACUCGACACACCGAGAUCAUUAAACUGGAGAACAGCAUCCGUGAGCUGCACGACAUGUUCGUGGACAUGGCCAUGCUGGUGGAGAGCCAGGGAGAGAUGAUUGACAGAAUUGAAUAUAACGUGGAACACUCUGUGGACUAUGUAGAGAGAGCAGUUUCUGACACCAAGAAGGCUGUCAAAUAUCAGAGUCAGGCACGCAAGAAGAAGAUCAUGAUCAUCAUUUGCUGUGUAAUUUUGGGAGUGGUUUUGGCAUCCACUAUCGGAGGAACCCUGGGCUUCUAAUCGACAUGAAGACAGACGAACACUUGAAAAGAGUGUUUUAUCCGCUUAAAACAUGAGAUAAGGAAACUGUCUUAAAACGGGGGGUUGGAUAUGGUUAAAAAUCUAAUAUUCAAAACAAACAAAAAAUAAAUAACAAAGGGAGAUGUUACGUACUAACAGAUUUAAAUAUAUUAAAAAGUGGGUUCAAAUAAACAUAUUUACAAACUGUACAUGUAUAUGUAUUGAACAUAAAAGCAGCACACGGGUUACUACCUGUAAAGGAAUACAAAUCAUCUUUUGUUAUUUUAUUUUAUUUUUUUAGCUGUGCUUUCAUUUGGGGGUUAGCAACUGCGAAAUUGUUUUAUGUUCCGGCAGAACAUGGUGUUUGGCAAACCAUUAUAGCAUUAACAAACAUACCUACAUAGUUAUAGAAUUAGUCCGAUUUCAAUGGCCUAUUUCAAGUGGUUGCUUACAUUCAAACAAAAUCUCUCUCUAUUACGUUGUUAGCCGAUUUAUUACCAAUCAUUAACAUCCAAUGACAUCGGAGUGUUACAGUGAGUGCAACAGCACUAUUAACCUCAUAGCUGAAUUUCUGUCUUAAUAGUUUUUGUGGGCAAGCAAAGAAACCAGAACUAGGAUCUAAGAAGCAUAUAUAUAUAUAUAUAUAUAUAUAUAUAUAUAUAUAUAUAUAUAUAUAUGAUUGAAAGUCAUGCCAUCAACAAGUUGUACAUAAAGAUGAUGAUUUAUUUGUUUGUUUUUGUUGUGGCCUUGCCAACAACUUCAUUAGCUGUACAUUAGAUAGUAGACAGCGAAGGACCUGAUUUUUACGUAUUUAGAAAGUUACAACGGGAGGGCGUAGGGUGGCAUUGCGCAAACUGUUAAACUAUGCAGUUUUGAUAGUGAAUUGCCCCUGAUUUUUGUAUUAAAAUGCGCAAGAGGAACUAAGAGAAAGGGAAUAAUUAAGAACGAGGCUAAAUGUAUUACGACUACAUUGUUCUCAAGACUUCAUAUAUUUAAAAUAAGGAACGUUUUGACAAAUAUAUUAGGACAUUUUAAUACUUGAAGCAAUGCCUUGCCUAAGCAUUGUAUUCUGGAAGGUGGUUAGUUCUGCUGGAAUAUUUUAUGUUAGUUUACAGCUCAUCAUUUGUUUUACUCUUAAAUUGCAUAUUUAUUUACAUUUAAUCUAAAUGAAAAGUCUGAACAGAAAAUGUUUGCUUUUGGGGGACUGAUUAGAGCUGAGACUUUGCUUGAUGUUUUUCACCUUGGUGCUAGUUAAUGGAGAUGGAGGCUUCGUAAAUGCUACAUUUUGAAACUAGAGACAGGAUAAACACCCUUUAUUUAAUACUACAUAUCUGAAACACUAGAUUGGGUCAGUACCGGCCCUGAUGAGCUAUCUAAAAUAGUUUCCAGUAGAUGCUUUCAGUGGGCACGGAUGCAUUCUUCAGUUCAGUUGAAGAAACGUGUUGUAAGAUUUAUGAGUAACUGAUUAAAAACACUUGUUAUGCAGUCACUAAAUAUGGAGACACAUUUUAUAUUACAUAAAACAAAUCCAUGCACCAAUUUAGCUCCGAACGCCCAUCCUAGCGGUUCCGUUAAAGGGAGACAAUAUCUUGUCAGGACACUAGCUUAGAUUAAGAAGCUUCGAUUUUGCCACGUUUUUGUUGAAAUACCAAUCAAACAGCUGUAUUGCUCUAGACAUUGUUUCCCUUUGAUUUAUUGAUUUAUUUGUCAUUUGUUUGGACAGAAAGUGCCAGCUCGAUUAAUGAUGUACUGCUUGAUUUAAAGUCAAGGGCUAAAAUUCAAAACCAAACUUUAGCUCGGUUUUUGGCGUUUGUUGACACCAAAUUCCCAAUCCCUCUUCGCUUGAUUCAGAUUAGUGUCAGACUUAGAGAGAUUACACACUUAUAAAGCCCUUGUCCUCAUUCUCAUUACGUUAAAGAGCAUGCACAUCUGUACCAACUCGUUGAGUAAAAAGCGUUUUGUUUUUUUAUUUAACUAUUGAAUACAUUUUCAGCGUACUGCUUGCUAUACAGAAUAUAUAACAGGAGCCCUCCCAGCCCCACCACCUCCUUACCUACCCAAAGCAAACUAGUAGGGUACAAGAAUGAAUUGGGGAUAAAAACGGUACAUGUUUUACGAAGACUGAGGCAGCAGGCCGGGACUAUUUUGCUUUAAUCAUUCCAGUAACGUCCAGCAUGUUUUCUUUGAAACUUCUGUGUAUUUAGUGUCAAAUCACAUACAUGUAUGGUUAAAAUGAGGUAAAUAUGUAUGUCGGUGUUGUUUUGAGUUGAAGAUAUAGCUGGAAGGCCCUUAUUUGUUAACGCAUGCAACUUUCGCUUUGUUAGUUUGCAUGGCUCUCGAUCAUGUGCGCACUUUACAAUCAAAGAAAACAAUGUCUUAUGCCGCCACAUUUUUUGGGUUGUACUGUUCUUCGUUUCGUUUCAAUGUUUGUUUUGUUAUUUAUGACUAUUUAUGAUUGAUCUCUAGGGGUUGGCUGGAAGGGGGAUUGACAUCUUUUAAUAGUUCCCCUAACAGUGCUGGAGUUUUACCAUAGUCCCUGGUGGAUGUGUACAUGAAUACAAAAUCUCUGUUUGUCGCCGCAUAUUUUGUUCCAUGGUGUAAAAUUACAUAUCCCCACCCCUCCUCCCGCCCCUCUGGAAACACUCUGGGUGAAGCCAUUUUUUGCCGCAUCUUCUUAUUCAUUUCCCCUCUUCCGGAUGUUUUCCCAACUUGAUUGUUGUGCUUAUCUGGUGAUGAUAUGUGAAUUCUUUCGUGAAGAUAAUAUUCUUUAUCGUGAGUCGUGUGCUGAAGUGUCGAAUUGUGCAACUCAAAGGCCAUGUGUGCGUGCCCUUCCGCAUUUUACCUUUUUUAUGUACACUUUGCUGUAUAUGUGAGCAUGAGCAUGAGCAUUUGUGUGUGUGCGUGUGCGUGUGUGUGUGUGUGUGUGCAUGUGUGCGUGCGUGCGUGCUUGUGCUCGUUUGCUGUUGGAGCCCUUGGUCGCAUGAGGUCACUAACCAGUGUCAGGCGCAAGGGCUUACUCUGGUCCGCAGGUCUGUGGUAUGCAACUAUAGCAUUCCAGUUUUGUGCCGACUUCAUUCAAAUGUUCAGAAAAGUAAUAAAACUAAAAAGCCAAAGCGUUAUGCGAGUACAGAGCACAAUGUUACGGUCAAUUGUAUUGUGUAGUCCUCCCCGCCUGUACAUCUUGUGAACCAUCUUGCGUAGACAUUAUUAUGUUUUCAAUUUCGCUGCAUUCAAACUACACAGUUCUCAGUCAAAAAGGUUUUGAAUUUGCUCCUUUAUUUAUGAGUUUUGAAGAAUAUAUGUAUAAUGUAUACUACACAAGCUUGUUCGUUUCAAAGCACUUUCUCCAAAAACAGCUACGUACAAAACUAAUAUCUCCCAACAAUGUUCCAAUAUUUGUGUAUAUAUGUUUUAGCCCCAAAUUAUGCUGUUAUGUUGCCCUUUUACCCUUGGUCAGCUCCCUUGCAUUGCUUCCUCUGUGCUGGCAGUACAUUAGACGUAGACUUAAGGUCAGCUCUGGUUAAAAAAAUAUAACAAAUGUAAUAAAAAUGGUGUAAUAGCUUGGGCACACACCUGGAUGGAAGUUUUCUCAGUUGUCUUAUUUUCAGUUUUGCAACACUGUUUUGGAUGUUCGUCACACGAACACUGAUAUGACCAGGCAGCACUGGCAUAACACCGCACAUUGAGAAGGCAUUUUGUAAAUGAGUGAUAAUUAUAAACGAAUUAUAUAUAUAUAUAUAUAUAAUAUAUAUAAGAAAAAACUAUGUAUCUUUUAGAGCUUAUCUGCAUAAUAGUCUUUUUGGGUGGGGUUGUUGAGUGCCUCAAUAUUGCAGGUAAUAAAAAAAUCACUUACACACAAUCUACGUUGCAAGCGAGCGAUGUGACGUGGCAAAUGCUAGACCGUUUCCGCUAUCGGCUUUGUUGAUUAAAACGAGAGUGAUCUAAUUCACUCACUCUCGUGAUACAACCAGUAUUUUCUUUCGCUGUCUUGCCGAUAUAUUGCACCCGACAAACAGCUCUCAAAGACAUUUACGUUACGAUAAACAAAUAUCUUCUUCUUUGUACACAGCUAAUACAAUUGAGCACCCUGCAAUUGUGAUAUUCUCAACAGCCCCAGCCACAAUGCUCCUUAUUUUAAUGCCCUUUUGUGUCAUUCCUUUUAUGUAUAUUCCCAUUAAACAUCAUACCAGUAUUCUUGUUUUAGUGUUAGAUUUAGGAUGAGGAAAUGGUUUGUAGAGAUGGUGCUCAAACUGUGAUGUCAGCAAAAUGAUCAUCAUCUGCAUGGCCAAUACAAAGGACGACCUACGAUGAUGUGAUGAAUAUAUUAUUAUAAUUAGCUGGGGAAGACGCCGUAAACAUUGGCUGACAGGAUGAGGAUGACAUAAUUGAAUUAUACCAUUAUCAAAUGUGAUGAAUUAUAUGACUACGAUGAUUUAAAGAAUCCCGAGAAGUUGUGUUAUAUUAGUAGUAAUAUUGAAUGCUCGCGAUUUUGUCAAUCUGAACUGAAUCUUUGUCUUGUAAUUAUUGUAAAUAUUUCAAAGAGAGAAAAAAUGACUUGCAUGUCCAUGUAUAAAACUACUAAAAUAGUUCCUGUCAAAGUUGUGAGGUUGAUUGAUUUGUUUUCUCUUUGCCCUGGUCAGCUCUUUACUAUUGACUGCUCGCUCAUCUUAAAGCAACAUCUUUCAUUUUUGAUGUCAAUGGUGCUCUAUUACGGAGAAAAGUGGAACAACUCUUUAUCGUCAGAUUCAAUACAAUAUUGUGUUAACUCAGACAGCCGUUAGCGGUUCAACUCUGAGCAAAAGUGCUUCCCUCCAUGUACGCCAUCUAUAGGUCUACAGGUCAAAUGUACACUUCACCAUCCGUAGCUUCCAGGCACUUUGAAAGUUUGACCACUUUUUCUUGCCUUUAACGCCGUUGCAGAGGACAGCCACAUUGGGAAUGUCAAAUUUAUAUCAAUUUAUGUACAGGGAGCCUUAUUUGUCGCUUAGAAAACUAUUCGUAUGUAAACUGUCCCAUUGAAUUGAAUGCAAGAAUGCAGAAAUUAGCUGAAUGAGGCCCAUUGCGUGGUGUAUGCUAGGACACCUUUGCAAUUGGUGUCGGUUAGUGUUGUAGAUACAUUUUAGAGAGUGCAUCGAUUGUAGCAUGAUAAUCUCGAAAGCUCUGAUGUAGUUGCGUGUAUUAUCCUGGUCAGGGGAUGAUUCAAUAAACUCUGGUCGUAUACUAAGAAUAUCGCUCUGUCUUGAACGACUUGGUACAUGAAGGUAGAAUGAGACAACAAUGAAAAAUGCUCUAUAAAGCAAGCAGAACAACACUCAUCUGUGCAAUACAAAGAAAAGGGCUUUCUCACACAUGCAUACAAAAGCAGUUGAUGGAUGCUGACUUGUGGGAAACUGCAGCCACUCACCCUGGUUCCAACCGUUGCUUUAUGUGUCGCCAAAUGUCUUCUUGCCCACUAGGAUCUAAGUUGAAAGUGCAAUCAGGGCAGAAUCCACAAUGCGAUGGGCACCGAGGAUGGGAAGGAAGAAAUUAAAUCGAUUUCUGCAACUUUGACUGGAAUUGCAACUUCUGUCUUUUAUUUUCUGUGUGUGUAUGUGUGUACUGUAUUGUAAAAAAGGAAAAAGAUACAAAGAAACAACCCAAUUGUCCCUCUCUCCCCUCUCUCUUGUAAUACUGUUUGCUGUUCUGUUUGAUUAGUGUGGCGUACCAGUACCCCUCUCCUCUCCUAAACCCUUUGCUAUCUUCCUCCCUUCUCUCACGAUCUCUCUACCCUCUUUCUCCAUGGAUCUUUAAGAUGAGAACUCUAUGCAGAUGCUGUCUUUUAUAAGUGUGUCAAAAUUUUAAGUUGAAAUGAAAAUGAAAAAAGAAAAAUCCCAACAAACAGAUAUUAUGAACUGAAACAAAAAAUAAAGAAAAACGAUUGUCCAGUGUACAA